AUGGGGGCCUGCCAGUCAUGCUGCGGAGGCAAAUCUCGCGAGGGUCUCUACGAGCCAGUAUUGGCCGAUAGCGAAAGAGAAGCUGUCGCUGAUCUGCUUCAAUAUCUCGAGAACCGCGGCGAAACCGAUUUCUUCUCUGGCGAGCCUCUCCGAGCCCUCAGCACCCUCGUCUUCUCCGACAACAUCGAUCUUCAAAGGAGUGCUAGUCUAACGUUUGCCGAGAUCACAGAGCGAGAUGUUCGCGAGGUCGACCGCGAUACGUUGGAACCCAUCCUCUUCCUCCUCCAAAGUCCCGAUAUUGAAGUACAGAGGGCAGCUAGCGCGGCGCUUGGAAACCUGGCUGUUAAUACCGAAAACAAGGUCUUGAUCGUCCAACUGGGCGGUCUAACACCGCUCAUACGUCAGAUGCUUUCACCCAACGUCGAGGUUCAGUGCAACGCCGUAGGAUGCAUCACCAACCUGGCAACUCAUGAGGAGAACAAGGCCAAAAUCGCACGAUCAGGAGCGUUGGGCCCGCUCACUCGAUUGGCCAAAUCGAGAGAUAUGAGGGUUCAACGAAACGCGACUGGUGCUCUCCUCAACAUGACACAUUCAGACGAGAACCGACAACAGCUUGUCAACGCAGGCGCCAUCCCCGUAUUGGUUCAGCUCUUGUCCUCUCCCGAUGUCGAUGUCCAAUAUUAUUGCACGACAGCACUCAGCAACAUUGCCGUUGAUUCUAACAACCGUCGGAAAUUAGCUGCGUCUGAAACUAAACUAGUCCAGUCGUUGGUGAAUUUGAUGGACUCGUCUUCCCCCAAAGUGCAAUGUCAAGCGGCGCUGGCGCUUCGAAAUCUAGCCUCGGACGAGAAAUACCAGCUAGAUAUCGUUCGAGCACAGGGCCUCAAUCCGUUACUACGCCUACUUCAAUCAUCCUACCUCCCGUUAAUCCUCUCCGCCGUCGCAUGCAUACGCAAUAUAUCCAUCCAUCCUUUGAACGAAUCUCCCAUUAUCGAAGCCGGAUUCUUGAAGCCCUUAGUCGAUCUCCUAGGCUCUACAGACAACGAAGAAAUCCAAUGUCACGCGAUAUCGACUCUCCGAAACCUUGCUGCUAGCUCUGAUAGGAACAAGGCUUUAGUACUCGAAGCUGGUGCGGUGCAAAAAUGCAAGCAACUUGUCUUAGAUGUUCCGGUCACUGUUCAGUCGGAGAUGACAGCCGCGAUUGCAGUCCUCGCCCUGUCUGACGAUCUCAAGACGCACUUGUUAAAUCUCGGCGUGUUUGAUGUCCUGAUUCCCCUCACACACUCGCCAAGUAUCGAGGUUCAAGGAAACAGCGCUGCAGCUCUCGGCAACCUAUCCUCGAAAGUCGGCGACUACUCUAUCUUCAUCCAAGACUGGACGGAACCAAAUGGCGGUAUUCACGGCUACCUCAGCAGGUUCUUGGAUAGUGGUGACGCGACCUUCCAACACAUCGCCAUUUGGACGCUCCUGCAGCUGCUAGAAUCCGAGGAUAAGACCUUGAUCUCACAUAUUGGGAAGUCUGAUUCGAUUGUGGAGAUGAUUAAGCAGAUUGCGAACCGACAGAUCGAAUCGGAUAAUGAAUUUGAAGAAGAUGAUGAGGGUGAGGUUAUCAACCUUGCGCAACGUUGCUUGGAACUGCUCGGUCAGAGCAUGUCAAAGGCGCAUAUAGAGGGAUGA